AUGAGAACGAGUCACCUACACAUGCAAGGCGAGGAUGAGGGCGGGCGAGCCAAGGAGCUCCUGCAGCAGGGCCCCGGCGUGAAGGGGUGGGUGUCUGCAAGAUUCUGCAUCUACCCUCAGGAGCUCGUCUUCCAGCUGGAUGAGAGAUGCAACCUCUCUCGCGUGCAGCUGCUGGCGCAUCAGCACCUCAUCCCGGAGAAAAUCGAGCUGUACAUCGGCGACGUUCCUCCAGGCCGCGAGGUGGCUCUCUACAACGUGAGGUUCGCCCAGCUUGGCUACAUUACCCUCUCAGACAACGAGCACUCCCAGUUCAAGGCUCGGGAACUCAAGUCUGUGACCGUAGACUGCACUGGGACGUUCCUCAAGCUCGUUCUGCACAAGAAUCAUAUCAAUAGAUUGAAUCUUUACAAUCAGAUCGGCCUCGUCGCCAUCAAUAUCCUGGGGAAUGAAGUGGAAACCAACAACAACAGCGUGUCUCCCGACGGCGAGGGGGGGCAAGUGCCAAGUGCCAGGGACCAAGAAGUGCCUAUCUACCAUGACCUCGCCUUCGCCAUGUAUGUGGACACGCAGGUCGCUGCUACGAUCAGAACGCUGGAAGACAGGCGGUUGGCUGCUAUGAGAGAGCAACGCUACGAGUAUGCCAAUAAACUGAAGAGCGCAGUGACUCAGCUUCGCGCGGCCGGAGAACGACUCGGGAAGUACGAGCUGGAGAAACGGCAUGCCAUCGAGAAUGAGCAUUUCGACCGAGCUAAAAUAAAGAAGCAGCUAGCGGACGAUUAUCGAGAACAGGUCUACAAGGCGCUCGAGAUUGAAGACUUGCUGGAGCGAAAGGGGAAGCUGGACAGGAACGACGCUCCGGCACCGAAGGGGUUGCGAGAGCUCCCUCCUCCUCCGCGCGUCAAGAACAAGCCCCGCUCUCGCGACCCCUCGCCCACCCUCGCCUCCGCCCACCCCGCCCACGCCGCCACCGCCCACCUCCCGCCCGCCCGGCCCACCAACACGCCGCCUAAACCUCCGCCCUCGCCGCCGAAAUCCCCUUCGCCGCCGCCCAUCAAGACGCCCUCCGCCCCUCUGCCGGACCUGCGUCAGCCCCACCCGCAGGCCAACACCCCGCGCCUCGGGACGUCGCAGCUGCCCGCCCCUCCUGCAGCGCCUUCGCCAGCACCCUACACGGCCCCGCCCUCCUCCUACGCUGACUACGACGAGCAGACCCUCCCGGCGCUCAAACAUCGCGACGUCCUAGACCGAUCCACAGAGGAAUCGGACGUCGGCACCAACAGACGAACACACGGACUUACGGAAGCCGACAAAAAGGACGCGGCGCUUCCUAUAGAUGUCUUCGGCAGGGAACUGGUGGAGAAAAUCUACAGCAAGAACUAUUCAGACAAAGAGAAUGGCCUCAAGCAGCUGCAGAGGGAGAUGACAGCAUAUUCGCCGGACGGGAGCGGCGUCCGGCCCGACAGAUUCGUGCGUGCGUCGGUGGUGCUCGUGCGGAAGGCACUGAGGGACAAGGUGUACAGCGUAGCGCUCCUGGCCUCGCAGACGCUGUCGCUGCUCCUGUCCGAUUUCUUCUCCAAACACAAAGUAACCAAGAAGGAGAUGACGUCAUCGCUGGAGAAGGUGCUGCCCGACCUCCUGGCCAAGACGUCAGAUAACGCCACGAGAACGCAGAAUCUCGCUACUUCAGCUGUCCUCGAGGUCCUUGGCCUUUCGUUAGAGAGGGGUUUGGGCGGCGUGGGCGUGGAAGUGACCCGCCCACUCACCAACACAGUGCACCCUCGCGGGGCUCUCUGUCGGGCGAACAUCGUGGAGACGCAGCUGAACACCCUCGGGCCGACGGCACUUCCGAAGGACAAGGAGAGUGGGUUCACGCCGCGCCACGUUGUAGAGUUCGGACACUCGGCCUUCAAACACCAGAAUAACGAAGUGCGCAAGGCGGGCGAACGUCUCCUGCUGGCGCUGUACCCCCACUUCCCGUCCACCGUCAGGAAGGCCCUGCCGCUCCAGGAUGACUUGGCAAGGAAGAACGUGCUCUACAGGAACCUCUUCGAGCAGCUGGAGGCGUUGGACGAGAAGCGCGAGGCAGCCGCUGCCGCUGCCUCCUCCUCCCGCGUCCGCCCGUCGCCGUCUCAGUCUCACGCCCCUCCGCACCCAGGAGCCUCCGGCGGUGCCUCCUCCAGCUCCACGCCCAACCACACCAGCACGCCGAGCAGCAGCAGCGGGGUCAGCACGGGCAGCAGUGCCAGCAGCGUGGGCAGCACUGGUUACCCUCCGGUGCCGCAGAUCAGCAUCACCCCCGACGAGGCUGAGGUCCGAGGAAGAGCUCUCUCGAGACUCAAUCGCUCGAGGUCCGACUUGAGGGUCAUGGAGGACGAGCUUUCGCCUGGAGACUCCGAGGACAAGACCUGCAUCUUCUGCGGCGCCUACGAUGAGUCCUUUAGCGACAACGGCCUUGACAUGCACUAUUGGCGAGCCUGUCCGAUGCUCACGCGAUGCCACUACUGUCGCCAGGUCGUCGAGGUCGCUUCUCUCACGCAACAUCUCCUUGGCGAAUGUGUGGCUUCAACGCAAUACAGAAGGUGCGAUCGGUGUUCAGAAGCCAUCCCCAAAAAAGUUUUCUACGACCACGCUGCCUCCAAGUCGUGUACACCUUGCAAACCCGAACCAAUUGCAAACCACUGUCCCCUAUGUCACGAAAACAUACCCCCGUGGGACGAAGGCUGGCGAGUACACCUCAUGCCCGGACCUGACUGUUGUCCUGCUAACUCUAGGGCACGACCUCAUGCCUCGAAGAAGCAGACGCCGAACGAGAAAAGUCCUUCGGUGUCUCCCGCAGGAGCCUCCGGAAGCGGCGAGGAGGGGGCGACGGGAGUGGGCGGAGCCUCUGCUACAGGCGGGAGGAGUAGAAUACCCAGCUCGUCCACUCCAGGCACUCCGAGAAAGGACACCCUCAAGAGAAGACGAUAGAGGACGCGAGGGAACACCACCAAGGGGCGUUAACGGGUGGAAAAAGACGAACCCAUUUUUUGACUCGUGGAAGCUCGUCACGAACAGGAAAUUGGUUAAAAAGAGAGAGGAAGAAAGGUAGAAAGGAAAAUAGAGAAAAGGGGGAAUGUUGUGCUCGAGCGAAAAUGAUUUAGAUUGUAAGGUUUUAUGAUGUUUAUUGACUCUUUUGAGACGCGAGAGCUUCGGUGCAUCUCGUGUCCAAGAGGAACACUGUGAUGGCAAUGGGUUUUGUCAAGAGGAUUUUAGGGCAUUGCAAUAUUUGUGAAUGUCACUUUGUUAUAUGAGCUUCUACACAUAAAGGUGUUUAUAUACUGGCUGAUGAGAGCUUUACACAGUUUUAGGGAAGUAUAACCGAAAAGUGUUUUCUAUUUAUUGUUACAGCUACUCGGAAUGGGGUGUGGAGAAGAAGAUUGGUCACAUUCUUUUUUAAAUAAUUUUAAUUAUUUUUUUUAUUUUUUUUACAUUGUUCCUUGGGUCAUAUACUCUACGGAUAUUGAUGACUUUUUCUAAUCAGGUAAUAUUAUCAGGCAAAGAAACUGACCGCCCAAUAUUUUCCACUUUUAUAAAGUGAAUGAAAUAAAAAUCGUGGUUAUUUCAUGAGAAAAAAAAUCCUGUGGCCUUUUUUUCUUUACAAAAUGAUAACUUCAGAUGCUUGUAGGCAGAAGACAUAUUCCAUGAAUAGUAAUGUUUUAACAUGAGUUAAUGUUUUGGUUCCUAAUUUUUCCUUCAUCAACUUCAACUUCCUUUCCUUUGUUUAAGUGGCUUUGUGAUAGAAGAAACCAGCUUUGUCAGUAUAGUAAGUACCCUAAAGUACGGACGUUUUGCUCGUGUGUGAAUUAAUGGAAAAUGAUAGUUCUUAUUGCAUAUACCACUGUUUGAAAUAAAGGUGUUAAACGCAGGUAUAUUAUGCUGAACUUGAAUCCAAUAUUCAUCAAGUUAGUGAAAGCUGCAUAGCUGAAAUAACACAUACUUGUAUAAUGACUUUCCUCUAUAAGGAAGGAUUAACAGUGAUAGUAAACAGAGUGUACUGAGUCUGUGAGUUUGAUAUGGUUAAUGUAUAAAGAAAUGAUGAUAAAAAAAACAAACUUAUGACCAUUGAUUUCAUUGUUUACAUCAAUUUGCCAAAUCUCACUCUAGGUUGUGAAAUCUUAAUUGUUGGCUACUUCGCGUGGACAGACGGAGGUUGAAAGAUUUUGGAUAAAAUGCAGCUGAUAUAAUUGCAUUUUUAAUAUGUAAUAUAAAAGUUACACACUACAUUUCCAUAUUAUUGACCCCCCCCCCCUCCCCUCCAGCCCAGACCCUCAAAACUGUAUGUGAUGAAAAUUCAGUUGAACUAUAUGAUAAGUCUGUGCUCUAAUGUUUAGUGGUCAUUAAAAUAAAAGCAAGUCUAACAGGCAAUCUUUCGGUCUUCCCCUCUAGA